UGCCUCAUCCCUGGAGCUCUCGCUGUGGUCUUCGUGGGCAGUUCGGUUCGUUCUCUGCACACCGUAGAUUAAAACACAAUGGGGCUGUAAUGCAUGCAACCGCAGAGGUAACACGACCCUCUCGACACAUAAAGUAAACCUUGUAUGGAUUUCAUGAUGAUGAAGAAGAAGAAAUUCAAGUUCAAGGUGGACUUCGAGCUGGACGAGCUGUCGUCGGUCCCUUUCGUGAACGGCGUUCUGUUCUGCAAGGUCCGGCUGCUGGACGGGGGCUUCUCCGAGGAGUCAUCCCGGGAGGCGGUGCAGGCCAACUGCGUCCACUGGAAGAAGCGCCUCUCCUUCCCCUGCAAGAUGAGCGCCAGCGCGGGCACCGGCGUCCUGGACCCCUGCGUGUGUCGCGUGUCGGUCAGAAAGGAGCUGAAAGGUGGAAAGGCGUAUGCAAAGCUGGGGUUUGCCGACCUGAAUCUGGCAGAGUUUGCGGGGUCGGGAAGCACGACCCGUCGAUGUCUGCUGGAAGGCUACGAUACCAAAAACACUCGACAAGACAACUCCAUCCUCAAGGUUGUCAUCAGCACACAACUCAUGUCCGGAGACCCCUGUUUUAAAACGCCCCCGUCCACGGCCACUGUGAUCGGGAUCCAAGGAGACGCAGAGAGUCUCUUGGAGGACAGGAAGGGGGGAGACACCCAGAAAGCCGGCCCUGAGGUCCGUGAGGCGAGGUGCAGCUCCGUCCCGGAGGAGCUGGCCGGCUGCGGACACUCCAGGACCUCCAGCUACGCCAGCCAGCAGUCCAAGCUCUCAGGCUACAGCACGGGCCACUCGCGCUCCUCCAGCCUGUCGGAGUUCAACCACCGCCGGAACCACUCGGUGGGCAGCACCUCCACGGGCAUCGGCAGCAUCCCGGAGCCCGCCGACGACCGCGAGAGCAGGCCCUGCCACGCCCUGCACGAGCACCCCGCCCUGCCCCCCCCCUCCAGCACCCCGGGGGGGGCCACCCCGGUCCGUAGCGCCUCGUCCUGUGAGCGCCUCAACAGACACCCAGUGAAGCAGGACUCCAUGGAGUCCCAGCUGAAGAGGAUGGACGACACCCGGGUGGACGCCGACGACGUGGUGGAGAAGAUCCUCCAGGGACAGGACUUCACCCCCAACCUGCUGGACUCCAGCACCGAGGAGGAAGGCCUGCGUCUCUUCGUGGGGCCGGGAGGAAGCACGGCCCUCGGAAGUCAUCACCUGCCCACCAGGGUCGGAGCUGGAGCGUACGAGCAGGUGGUCAUCAAACGUUGAGCCAAGCGUCCACCACCCCAGGACCAGUAGCGCUGUCUUACUACCAACACACACAUAUCUGAGCAACACCUUGCUUUGUCUAUUCAAAAUGACCAGCAGAGGCCCACUGCAACAGUGCCCCCUGGUGGUCAAGCAGAGGCGGGAGACCCUGGGUCGGUUGUAAGGGGUGGGGGCCACCUAAAUGUUUAUCCGCCAAUAUAUUUUAGCAGAUUGAAUCCUACCAAAUGUAUGACCGCUGAAGGCCAUGAAAAUAGAUCUCUCAUACGCACCUUUUCAUAUGAGCAGUCAUUAGACGGUUUCCCUCUUCUCCCCACUACUGGAGCCAGGUGUCAGUAAUGCUAUUGAUUAGCAGAGGGGGGGGGGGGGGGGGGGGGGUUCCACCAAUAGACAGCACUAUUCCAUGCCCCUCACCACAAUACAUUCCAUAAGCCGUCCACGCUUUUAUUUUGGCACAGUGACGUCUCUGGACUAGCGUUUAAAUAAGAAAAAAAAUAGUAUUUUAUAUUACCUGUACGCUGCUUGGAAGUUGUACGCCCUCCCGCCACUCUCUCGUCUGUGUUUUGACACAUGGUGAUGUCUUGCAGUGAGCCGCCUCCGUCAUGGUAAGACCACUGGUUAGCUGUUCUCUGGUGACUUGACACCGAUGACGUAAGCAAAGCUUCUCGUCUCACAUCUCGUCAGCGGUUUGGUUUUGACAGUGGUCUGUAUUCAGACGAGGACUCGUGAAAUAGUCCGCUGCCGCUGUCAUGAAUGAGCGUCACAUGACACCCCGUAAUAAACACGUCUCAUAGUGAAGCACCGCAGCAGCACUACAUUAGCAUGUGUUGCUAAAAACCACGAUCCAUUAUCCUCGUUAUUUGGUUUUUGUGCUCCUCCCAAUCAAGCCACAUCUAUAAGCUACAAGAUGAAGGGGUCACAACAACCCAACACCCCCCCCCCCCCCCCCCCCCCGUUGGGCCUGUUCUGGCAGACAUGUUCACAUGGUUAACCAGUGACAAUGGUACUUCCCUGUCCCCUUUGACAAAGCCAUAUAAGGGGCCGCUAUACACGCCCCAACCAUAACCACGAUUUACGUAUUUAACGUAUUUAAAUCCCUCUGCACAAAGUGUCAUUAACGUCGUACUUUAACCCGCUUAACGUUGUGGUAAAAUGUGUACGUGUGUGUCUCCAUAUUUUUGUAUGUUGGGGAAAGCCGUGUUGCGCGUUACUCAGUAUGGCCGUUGUCUUCAGUAGAUGUCUCCUUCUCCUCUCCCCUGGGCUUCGGUCAGAGGACCACCCCCUGUAAUUCAUCCACUCAUCUCUGUGCCAUCCUUUGUUUGAAAAAUGCCUUGUUGGAAGGAACCCGUUUGAUUUAACCGUUCAGCAUUUGAAGUACUCCCAAGAUUCAUUAGUGUUUGCAAAUGUCACCGAUACAUUCGCUGAGUUGCGUUUUCACCAAGUAACACUCGGAGCCUGAUUGCUGUUAUUACAUUGUUGUUUGUAUCGAGGAAAAUGAAUCACUUCUUUUUUUUUGUUUUGUUGUUCCCGUGGAGACGGGCAGAUUCUGGUACUGAACAUGUUGUUACAAACAUGGUUGCUUCUUCUCUUCUGUGAAGCUGUGCUUAUAAAUGGAGCUGUUGACUGUAUUCUUCUGUAAAGUGGCGUUCUUCGCUGUCUCGACAGUGUCUGUGUUUCUCCCCUUUCGCAGAGCAAGUUCUUUUUGACCAACGUUUUACUUACUUUUAACAAGUGUACUACUGUAUGCUUUGGUUGUGUACCAUGCACUGUUUAAUUAAAAAGGUGUAAAAAAAACAAAAACUGCAGUGUCUCAAGAACAGGUCUUUAUUGGGGAAUGGUUUUCCUGACAGUGUAACUUUUAUAUUGGGUGUGUGAAGCAAGGCUCCACCAAGCAUUGCAGGAGGAUAUGUGGUCACUCAAAAGUGGGCGUCUCCUGGAAAACAAAGACUGGUCUUUAGAAAAGUCAGGGUGAGGUGUCCUGCUCAAAGACAUCAAGACUCAGCUAGGAGGAGCCGGGAAUCGAACUAGCAGGUUCUAGGU